AUGACAGAAGAUAUCCAAGCUCCGGCCAGUAUGUCUGAAUUUAAUCGGAACAUGUCUUCUGAAAAACCUCAGCUCCAGGUUAUUGAUAUUAUUGAUCAGCUAGCUAAUUCUUCUGAGAUACUUCCAUGUGAAAUUACAGCGAUCAAUCCCAGCUCUCCCUUUGUAGAAGAAAAUCAAGAAGGUGCCAAACAUUUGGCAGAGAAUUCGGUACACCAAAUUUCAGAUGCUGCAGAAGAACUUCAAGGAAAGCCAGAAGGAAAAACUGAAGAAAAAAAUUGUCUCAUUUGCCAGGAGUCAAAAGUCUGUGAAGAAGAAUCCAGAGACGAGCUCCAUGAGAAAACUGCCGCUUUAAAUACUGAAGAAUUUCAGGGGGGAGAAAAUGUCCCAUCCAAGCUUCCGGAUGAAAACAUCGACAGCCCUACAGAAACAGAGGAGGAACAAGGAAAGAUACAGCUGAAUGAGACCAGUGAGCCAACUGAAGAGGAAACCCUGUUAGAAGACAAUGAGAGCAUAGCAGAAGAAGAUUGGGAAGGUCCAGGUGAUGAAUCUCAACAGGAAAACAGUGUGGCUUCUCAUAAAACAGGGCAAGAAAACAAUAAUAUCCAAUGCCUUCCUACCAGUCCCAGCUGUACCUCCCAGACUGAGGAAUACGAUGACCAACCAGGUGCCUUGAAAAAAAAUGAUAUCUCUCGGCACAGUUAUUCUCGUUACAACACAAUAUCUUAUCGGAAGAUCCGGAAGGGAAACACUAAACAGAGAAUUGAUGAAUUUGAGUCCAUGAUGCAUUCAUAAACUGAGGCAGAGAACCAAAUAGGCUUGCUAGGAUUCUUCUCUUCCAUCUAUCUCCACUCCAGAUGUUUCUCCAUCUACAAUAUCAUGUUAUUGUAAAGUCUUUGGUGGCUUCGAUCCAACUAAAUAUAGUAGUCCUGACUAAUGGUGUAACAAGAGUCUCCCUUGCCACU